ACCGAUUGGCCUCUCGGUUAUUUGACUUCCACUUCUUUGCUCUCACCCUUCGACGCCACGUCCGGGAUCCAUUGAACAACUCUCUACGCCAGAUCCUCCUGCUUCCAUUUUUCUCUAUAGGCAGGGAAGUAGAUGCACAGCAAGAUGGUCUGAUUUACUGAGAUAUAACUGAGGGACAGAGCGGAAGGCAUUGUUUAUUAAUGUGUAGCAGUGGUAGAGGGUGUACUGGCACCUGGCAGGACAAGUACUGGUAGCACUUUGGUAGUACCCGCGGAGGUUGGCUUCAUUGAAGUCUCCAUCUACAACGACCAGGGAUACAGAGUUUGAUCUCAAGCCUAUUGAUAACAGAGUAAGAUUCAUUCAGACCAAGCUUAAUAUCCACAGGAGGAUGAAUGCAGACUGUUGGCAGGAUAGCUGAGGUGAAUUCCCUCAUCACAUAGUGGGUAGUCAUUUAGACUUCUGAACUAAUCUAAAUCUGAAGUACAGCCUCCAUUGAGAAGCAAUCAGUGAGGACAAGAACUGGACUGCAUCAACAGUGCUUGGGGGAGAAAUCCACAAUUCUGGAAUUUCAACAUUGUUGUGAUUAUCAUUCUGAAUUCAAAUGUUGGCCCUACAUGUUUAGCAAGAACAGUGUGUUGGUGAACUGGGAGCUGGGCAGUCUUCACUGUGAUCCCAAUCCCAAUGUAUUCAGCAUUCCUGGUUGAUGGAAACAUUAAACUUUCCCAGCACACAAUUCAUUUCUAGAGGAAUAUCAGGCUUGUCGGUUUCAGUUUCGAUUUCCCAUUUCAGACAAUAAUCCGUAGGUCUCAGCCCAGCCCACUGACUAUAAAAGUGACCAGAGAGCUGGACCGUGUCCACUCGCUCUCUACUGAGCUCUGAGGCACAGCGGGAAUCGUCAACAAGCAUCAUGAGCAGCUCACCAAAAGAUUUGAUGAAAGAGAAGCUCGAUCAACUUCAGUGCCACUUCACAUGGAGCCCACAGAAGGAGACCAUUGACCUGGAGGAUAUGAUGUACAGAUUACAAGAUUCCAUAAACUUUGGAGAUAGAUAUCAAGCCACAUCCUACAACCAACUAGCUUUCAUACACUGCUUGCAAGGCAACAGUGAGGAAGCUAUUCAAAACUUAAAGGAGGCUGAAAAGAUUCUGAGGGAGAAUCACAAAGAUGCAUUUGAAAGAAACAGCAUCGUCACCUAUGGAAACUUUGCCUGGGUGCAUUACCACAUGGGACAACUGGCCAAGGCCCAGUCCUACCUCGACAAACUGGAGAUGAUCUGUAAACCGCUCACAGAUGGCCCUCGCUAUACAGCAAUGAUACCUGAAGUGUAUGGGGAGAAGGGAUGGUCAUUGGUAAAAUCAGCAGCUAAAUACUAUGAGGAGGCAAAGAAAUGUUUUGAGAAAGCUCUGGAGAAAGAUCCUGACAAUCCCAAUUGUAUCAUGGGCAUUGCAACUGUUCUGUUUCGUCUGGAAUCAUUUUCUGGAACACCAGAGAACCGUACAAAAAGUCAGUCUGUGCAGCAUCUGCGACGUGUACUGGAGCUAGAUCCAGAUAACUCUGUGGCCAUGGUGCUGCUUGGUCUAAAGCUGCAACAGUGCCAUCAAGAAAAAGAAGCAUAUAAAUUAAUUGAACAAGCAGUGCAGAAAUCCCCUGAUCGUCCAUAUGUGCUUCGGUAUGCUGCAUUAUUUUACAGAAGAGAAGGAGACAUGGAGAGAGCAGUCGAGCGGUUGGAAAAAGCAGUUGCAUUAUCUCCACACUCUUGCUUCUUGCAUCAUCAGAUUGCAAUGUGUUGCAAAAGUCAACUAAUGCCACUGCUGAAAAUUCCUCGUGGCACAAGUCAUGCAUUUCAGCAAAAAAGUAAAUUGAUCGAGAAAUGCAGAAAUCAUUUUGAAAAGGCACGCGAGCAUCGAAGUCUGGCUAUUAAGCCACAGUUGGAUUUUGCAGAGUUCUGCAUAAUGCUCGGAGACUACUCCAAGGCUGAAGAGAUUUACAGCCAUCUGGUGAAGAUAGUUGACACUCGUCCAGAAAACAUGCAAAACAUAUGUUUACAGGCUGGAUCGUUUGAACUGUACCAGAAAAGAUCUGAAACAAAAGCCGUGAGCCAUUUCCUGAAAGGUCUGAGACUUGAACAUGACUCAAAAGCACGGAGAGAAUGCAAGAAAAAAUUAUACCAGUGGGUUGACAGGAAGCUGUACUUUUCUCCACAUGACAGCAUGGCCCUUGGUGUCAAAGGGUCAAUCUAUCAGCUGGAUGGGGACAAGUUUAAAGCUAUUGAAUAUUUUGAGAAGGCCUUGGAGUUUGAUCGUGAUAAUGUGGAAUAUCUGAGUGCACUUGCUGCAUUAAGCCUUUCCCUUAAGGGCUAAAGUAAUACUGAGAGAUGCUUUGAUUCUGAUACGAAGACAGGUUUGGUGAGGCAAUUAUUUUCACUUGAUGGAUUCUUGCAGCACCUUCUACAAAUUAGACUAUUACUCACGAGAAUGUGAUUCCCAAACAAUAAUCUCACUGCAAUCAUUAUCUGCCUUUCUGCUGUGUUCUUGAAUGGCGAUGUCUUAAUUAUAGCAAGAAAACCCUUUGAUCCAUAUGAUACCCCUGCCAUAUAUAGCUCCUCAUAUUUUAGAUUAUAAUGUGUGGAGUAAAGAAACGUUUGUGACAGGAACGUUUUCUUUUGGAGACAAAUGAAGACAGCUCUGUAAGAAUCUUGGAACAUUUCUACUUCAUUUCAUUCACUUAUUAAUCCUGAAAUGUAGAUCCUGCUUUUCAAUUUGUUACAUGAAUCCUACUGAACAGGUGUAACUUUUGAAGAAUUAAUUUUGGAAUUGGAUUAAAUUUGCAAGACCAUAUUAAGAUGUCACCCUUAGAAUGGCUGAGAAAUGUAGUUUCAAAGUGAAGAUUGGAUUGGUGUGAACUUUAUGAAAGGAGUGUCAGCAAAUUAUUAACGGUAUCUUUCCAGUCAUCCAAGAAUAGUUCAAAAGGCAAUGCAAGAGUCAAAGAAGCAAGUCAUUCUAACAGUGCAACCUGCCAUAGGAAGACAAAGUGAAGGCAAUACUCCAAAUGCAGCUUCAACAACAUCAUGUACAACUGUAACAGAAUGUCACAAUUUCCAUACUCAGUACCCUGACUGAUGAAGGCUAAUGCACCAAAGUCUUCUUUACCACCCUGUACCAGUGACGCCAUUUUUAGGAAACUGUGCACCUGUAUUCGUAGAUCCUUUGCUGUGAUGACUACAUGGCAUGUCUAUAAUAAGAUAACAGAAAUUGGAUGCAUGUUCAAAAUGACAAGUUAUUGCUCCCUCAACUUUGAGCCCAAGAGAAAAAUAAGAAGGGAGCUCCAGAGAGGGUAAAUAUAUUGAAGUACUGGGGGCAUAAUGGUGGAGUUAUCCUUUGGAGACUUGGUCCGCUAUUUAGUAUGCAGUGUUCAAGAGUCAAGAGUGUUUUUGUUCAAUGUACAGUGGGCAAUAUACAGUGGGCAAUAUACAGUGGGCAAUGUACAGUGGGCAAUGUACAGUGGGCAAAGUUAUGAUUUGUUAUUCAGCACUAUGACUUCUUUGCUCUGGGCACGCUUGUUUUGAAUAAAAUAUAAAAUCUGAUCA